GUAUAUUUGUAUUUAUUGAUUUAAUUUGAUAAUAUCAAAGAUAAAAAUAAAAUAGUUUUGAAUUUUUAAUUAUUUAUAGUUAUUUUUAAUUUUUAUAUAUAUAUAAAUCAUGUAACAUCACGGUACAGCUACGGUUGAAGCAUUCGCGCCGGUAACUUCUUGCGUUCAAUGAAAGGUUUAAAACGAUUAAAAGUUAAAACAUUUUCAUAGAACUAGAAGUAUGUAAACGUAAGCGGAAAGCCACACCUAUGAAAAUCGAAGGCGUGGCCUUCCAAGUCCGAUGCUGGUGGGGAGGGACCCACUUGAAGAACAGGAAAAAAAAUCCUGCCAGAGAUUCACAACCCAAAGCCAACUUCUGUUCCUUCUCCUUCCUUCCUUCCUUCCUUCGUCUUUUGCCUCCACAGUCAGCGCAGUCUUUCGCGCAAGCCCAGAAUCCCUAAAUUAUCCUCCUCACUCCCCGAAUUCUCAUAUUAGAGCUAGGAAAGGCCAAAAACAUAGAAACGCACAGGCCACGAGUGUAGAGCAAGUAGAGAGAUCAGAGCUAGAGGCAUGGAUUCUCUAACCUCUGUUUCAAAGCCCUCUAUUGUGUUUCCUCCGAGUAAUCCCCUCCUCCCUCAACGGCCUCGUUUAGUUUCCCUCUCCCUCUCCUCUCCCGCUUCAGAUGCCCGCCUUCGUCCUCGUCUUUCUUCUUUCUUCCCCCUUCCCUGCGCUCCACCUCAUCUUUCUACAAGGAGGUUUCUGGAUGUUUCUUGUAAAUCUGGGGCCCACGACGAUGCCGACGAUCUGGAGAGGGCGCUUCACCUCGACGGCACUAUUCCCGGGACUUCCAAUGAGUUUGUGAAGCGCGUCUCUUCUCGUGCUUAUGAUAUGCGGAGGCAUCUCCACCAGACAUUUGAUAGCAGUAGCUAUGAUGUAUUGGACGCUAACCCAUGGAGAGAAACUUCAAAGCCUGUGUAUGUACUGACGCAAAAGGAAAACCAGUUAUGCACAAUGAAAACUCGAAGAAAUCGCAGUGAAGUUGAAAGAGAACUUGGAUUAUUGUUUUCGAAAGGAGGAAAGUGGCGAUCUAAAAUUGGAAAUCAGGCAAAACAGUCCAAAACUGGCACAAAGACUGGCACAAAGUUCCAGAUGCUUGUUGAGGAUAUCAGGGAAGGAGUGCUUGUAUUUGAAGAUGAAAGUGAAGCUGCCAAAUAUUGUGACUUGCUGCAGGGAGGAGGUCAAGGUUGUGAAGGUGUAGCAGAGAUUGACGCCUCAUCAGUAUUUGAUCUUUGCCAGAAAAUGAGGGCUCUUGCUGUUCUAUUCCGCAGAGGGAGGACACCACCUUUACCUGAAAGCCUUCGGCUUAACCUGAGGGCCCGAAAGCGUUCCCUGGAAGACCAAGAAGACCUUAUAUGAAGAGGUUGGUGGAAAAGAAUGUAUGACAGGCUUCCCAUUUGUGGAAGCUGAUGAUUGCAAGUGGUCACUGUAAUGAAACUCUACGAUUAUAACAAGAAUGAAUAUAAUUUAUUCUAACA